GUGGCACCAACAAACAAAACACCGAUUGGAUCUGAUCUGUGGCCCUCUUCCAUCAUCACCGAGAAGCAAAUAAUCUGGAGCAAAAAGCACUUUUGGCUCAUUCAUCCAUAAAAUAAUAGUGUUCACCUCGUGCACCACAACAACAAAAAAGCAGUCUUAUCAACCACAAUAAUGACGCCCUCCACAAUGAGAUUCAACGCCUUGGUUGCCGCUUUGUUCCUUCCAGUGACCAUCGCACAAGUGAGUAUCAGUAUCUCCAACCCCCAAUUGUCCCCCACACCUGCAGAAACCAUCACAUCAGAGCCAACAGCAGCGGUUCCCGUCACAGAUGCUCUGCCCGUUCCUACUCCAAGACCGACGACAAUGGUGGUGGAUACUACUACUACAAGUACAGGAUCAGGAGAAUCCGUCAGUGUUGCUCCUCCUCUUGCUGCCAUCAACACAGCUGCCGAAGCCGACACGAUUGUUGGUGUGGCACGGGCCGACGAACAAUUUUCGACGCUUUUGUCGGCCAUGGACUGGGUCGGUAUGUCGACCGCUCUGACAGCACCGGGUCCCUUUACAUUCUUUGCUCCCAACAAUGAUGCCUUUGCCACAGCUCCAGAAGCUGUUGGCACCUGGCUGCAAGACCCCAUUGCCUGGGAACCUCAAAUUCGUGACCUCUUGUCUCAUCACGUGGUGACCAACGAUGAACUCUUGUCGACCGAAUUGACACAAUUCCCCAUUGGCAUGGAAAUCUACACUGCCGAAGGUUCCUCUGUGACUGUCACAAACACCAAUCCUCUCAUGAUUGACGACAGCACCAUCUCUCAAGCAGACAUUCUCGCCACCAACGGAGUCAUUCACGCCAUCGACGACAGUCUCUUGUUGCCCGCAUCGUCUACGGAAAGCCUAGUCGAUCAACUGCGAGACAUGCCCUUCUUCUCCACUCUGGUCCGAUACUUGGACGAGAGCAACUUGUUGGACAACCUUCAAGGCCCUGGACCGUACACCAUCUUGGCGCCCACCAACGAAGCAUUUGAGCGUGUGGCUCCAGCCGUCAAGGCACAAUGGCAAGCGCAACCGGAAACAUUGAUUGAGACUCUGCUCUUUCACGUGGCUCCAGGCAACUGGGUGGAAGCUGACUUUCCAGCAGAAGUUCGUCGCAUGUCCAACGACACGGAUGUCGUCGAACUGGCACCCAUCCUCAUUGGAGACAUACUCGCUUCCAAUGGCGUCAUUCAUGCCGUCGAUCGGAUCUUGGCCGCUCCACAGACUGCCGCUCCUACCGUCGCUCCUCUUCCCACCAGUAUCAUUGGGAUUCUCCAAGCUCGAGGUGAAUUCACCAUGCUCUUGGACGCUCUCCGAGAAACCGGUCGAUUGGAAGAACUCGUGGUCAACGGACCCGAGAAUCCAUUCACCAUCUUUGCUCCUACCGACGCCAGCUUCUUGGCCGGUCUUCCCGAAAAAUUCCUCAACGAAACGUGGAGGACACACUUGGUCAAUGUCCUCACCUACCACAUUGUCCGUGGCAACCUCUUUACGCAAAACUUGACCGUCGUCGGACAGCAACUUCCUACUCUCAACUUUAAUAACCUCAACGUCACGGCUGUCGGCGACGCUCCCAAAAUCAACGAUGCUGCUAUUACUGAGCGCAACAUUGUUGGAGACAAUGGAAUCAUUCACGUGGUCGAUCAACUCAUCCUUCCCCCUUCCGCCACGGAAUACGUCAUGGACCUCUACAUGCUCUUUCCAGAAUUCGAGGCCAUGAUUGAACGCGUCGAGUUCACCAACUUGACCGGCAUUCUUUCCGAAGAAGGUCCCAUGACCGUCUUUUCUCCCGUCAAUGGAGCCCUUGCCAACAUUCCCCUCCGAUUCCCCAACAUUCUCACUCCAAACAACACGGAAGCUUGGACCGACCUCCUCAAGUAUCACAUUAUCCCCGGAAAUCUCAUUGAGUUUGCCGAUUUGGCCAUUCAAGCCGCCCGGGAACGGGAAGCCGAAGCACUCCGACAAACCGGAUUGUUGGACUUUGAAGACGUGCUCACGGCCAAUCACACCAACUUGACCCUUCCCAUCAUUACCUUUGAAGUGCCCACACUGCAAGGUUCCAACUUGACCAUUUCCGUUGAUCCCAACCGCGUCGGCGAGUCCAAUGUUCUCUUUGAAGACUUGCUCGUCAAGAACGGUAUUAUUCAAGUCCUCGACUCGGUCUUGAUCCCACCGGACUUUGAACAAAAGUGGACCCCCAUUCCGACGGGAGACGUGGUUUCUUCCGCAUCCGCGGCUCCUACAUCGGAAGCCACACAAGAAACCGCUCCAAUAGCUGCUGUGGAACGUGCCUUUGAGGAUCCAUAGAUGCUUGGUUGCUUGCAUUCAUACUACUCUUACUU